AUGGGAUUUGUCACGAAAUUUUGCGCUUUGAUCUCGUUGCUCGCGAUUCUUUCUUUAGCAAAUGGACGCGCCUCUUCAGAAGGGCGAAAGCAUUACAUAGUGUACAUGGGAAGUCAUUCCUUCAAGGACUCAGAAUCGGUAGUUACAGCCAACCACAAAAUGCUCGACUCAAUAAUGGAUAAAAGUGAUGAGAGGAAGGAGGAUACAACAGUGUACCAUUACACAAAAGCCUUUAGAGGCUUCUCUGCUAUGCUAACACCAGAUCAAGCACAACGCCUCGCAGAGAGUGACUCGGUAAUAUCGAUUUUCGAGAGCAAGAUGAACCGCGUGCACACAACACGUUCAUGGGACUUUUUGGGCAUAAACGCUCUGGGAGAUUACAAUCACCAAUUAUUAAUGUCUCGCUCUUACGAUGUUAUUGUUGGGGUUAUAGAUACAGGAGUUUGGCCGGAAUCAAAGAGCUUCGAUGAUUAUGGGUUAGGUCCCGUGCCUUCAAGAUUUAAAGGACUAUGUUCUACCGGUCAAAAUUUCACCUCAUCCAAUUGCAAUAGGAAGAUCAUAGGAGCAAGAUUUUAUUACAAGGGCUUCGAACUAGAAGAAGGGCCACUCGAGGCAUUCGGGAAGCCCUUUUUCCGGUCGCCACGGGACGCCGACGGGCAUGGCUCGCACACGGCAUCCACCAUUGCCGGCGCCGAGGUUCCCAACGCCGCCCUAUACGACGGCAUAGCCAACGGGACGGCAAGAGGAGGCGCGCCGUGGGCUCGCCUCGCAAUCUACAAGGCAUGUUGGUUCGGCUUCUGUGAAGAUGCCGACCUUCUUUCUGCCAUGGAUGACGCCAUCGACGACGGCGUCGAUGUCAUCUCAAUGUCUUUGGGGCCCGGCCCGCCGCAGCCAAGCUACUUUGACAGCGUGACGAGCAUCGGAAGCUUCCACGCGUUUCAAAGGGGAGUUUUGGUCUCGGCAUCCGCCGGGAAUAGCUUCGAUCCCGGAACGGUUACGAAUGCCGCGCCGUGGGUGCUCACCGUCGCGGCGAGCACCAUGGAUCGUGACAUCCCAGCCGAUAUAUAUCUCAUAAACGCGCCCCCGAUUAGGGGUUUUAGCAUCAACUCGUACCCGAUGAGCGGGUAUAACGGAUUAAUAGCCGGAAGUGCAGCGGCAGCCGCCGGAGUUCCAUCGGAAAAUGCCAGUUUUUGCGAGAUGAAUACAUUGGAUCCGAGUUUAACCAAGGGGAAGAUCGUUGUGUGCACUCUCAGAAGCAUUUUUGAUGAUCGGACAUCAAAAUCGGUUGCCAUAAAGGAAGGCGGCGGUGUUGGGAUAAUUCUCAUUGAUCCGUUGGCCCCAGACAUCGGGUUUCAGUUCGUGCUUCCGGGCACAUUGAUAGGCCUACAAGAAGCCGAGCAACUCGAAAGAUACAUGGCCUCGUACACCAACCCUUAUGGUAGAAUAUCUCUAACAAGAACAAUUUCAAACGUCAAACCCGCGCCACAAAUGGCGAUGUUUUCGUCCAUGGGGCCGAAUGCCGUCAGCCCUGAUGUGAUCAAACCGGAUGUAACUGCUCCGGGAGUGAAUGUUCUUGCGGCAUGGUCUCCGGUAGCAGUCGAUGAUACUGCCGGAAGACCCCUCGACUAUAACAUUAUUUCCGGAACAUCCAUGUCGUGUCCACACGUCUCGGCGCUCGCAGCCAUUGUUAAGUCGUAUCAUCCUUCGUGGAGCCCCUCGGCUAUCAAGUCCGCCAUUAUGACAACGGCAAAAAUUCAAGACAAUACAAGAAGCUCCAUUACAAGACAUCCGAACAACACAAGAACGACCCCUUUCGACUACGGAUCCGGGCAAAUCGAUGCGUCCGCAGCCGUCGAUCCAGGGCUUGUCUACGACUUCAAUACCGAAGACAUCAUCGAUUUCCUAUGCAGCAGCGGCGCCACCCCUGAAAAGCUCAAAAACCUCACCGGCGAAACAACCUACUGCAAGAAUUCGACAACCACGGCCACCUACAACCUUAACUACCCGUCCAUCGGAGUUUCAAGCCUCAAUGGAACCUUGUCGGUGGUAAGAACAGUAACGUAUGUCGGAAAAGGGAGUGCUGUGUACAAGGCGACGAUUGAGGCGCCGGAAGGCGUGUACGUGACCGUGACGCCGAACGAGCUUCGAUUCGACAUGGAAGGGGAGAAGAUGAGUUACAGAGUUGAUUUCAAAGCUUAUAAAAAGAGAAGUGAUGGAGAUGAUGAUCAGUUUGUGUUUGGAGCAUUGACAUGGAGUGAUGGAAUUCAUGUUGUGAGAAGCCCUAUUGGUCUUAACAUAGUUUGA